CCAGAUUUCAGAGGGAGAGUGGGAAAAAGUUUUCCCACUCUGUCUAUACAAGAGAUAGAGAUGUCUCUUAACUACGGAGUCAGUAAUGCAUAGUAGUGCUGGCUUAUACUUAAUACUCUGCCAAAAGGAUCGCAACCAUGCCGGCUGGGGGUAAUACCCUCAACUCUACCAGAUUAUAUCCCCGAAUCAGGUUGUGGUGCAGCCUUUUGCCCAGAUCCAACCCAACCCCCCGCCGGUAUCCAUACUGAUGGAGUAGUGUCCUAAUCCUCGGCGGCCAAGACCCGAUGGGCUGGGGAUGCUUCAGCUGAAAAAGCUAAAUACCGCUCCAUCCCCGUACCCCACGGGGAUUCUUUAUUUCAGGGACACUUCGGGGCGAUGACAAUCUCUGACUGCAAGCAGCACAAGCCAUGGCAGACGAAAUCUCCAAGCCCGGCGUUGAUGCCGCCCACUUCGAAAAUUCGACUGGGACCAUGGAAAGGGCCGAAGCCACCGCAGUGAGCUCUGCGCUGGCCGACCCGACAAUGCGCUUGCGGAUAGAGAAGAGCCUGAAGCGCAAGCUCGAUGCUCGCUGCGGCCUCUUUGUUCUCAUCUACAUCAUGAACUACCUCGACCGGAACAACAUCGCCGCGGCUCGUCUCAAGGGGCUCCAGACCGAUCUGAACAUGGACUACAGCCAAUACGCGACCUGCCUGAGCAUUCUUUAUGUCGGCUAUAUUCUGAUGCAGGUUCCUUCCAACAUCUUCAUUAACAGAAUUGAACGGCCCUCUCUCUAUAUUUCACUCGUUAUGCUUGUUUGGGGUCUUAUCUCGACCCUGUCGGGUGUCGCCACCAACUUUGCCGGGAUGGUCUGCAUCCGUUUCUUCCUGGGCUUUACUGAGGCUGCUUUCCUCCCCGGAGCUCUGAUGAUCUUGUCGAAAUGGUAUACUCGUCGGGAGCUCACAGUGAGAAACGCUAUCCUGUUUUGUGGAAAUCUUAUUUCGAAUGCCUUUUCCGCACUCAUUGCAGCUGGAGUUCUCUCCGAUAUGCAGGGCGUUCUUGGUCAUGCUGCAUGGCGUUGGCUCUUCUGGAUCGAGGGUGCCAUCACGAUGUUAAUUGCCAUUUCUGCAGCAUUCAUUCUCCCUGAUUUGCCAACCAACACGCGCGGUUUUACAAAGGAGGAGCUGGAACUAGCUCAGCUAAGAAUGGCCGAGGACGUCGGUGAGACUGACGUUGAUUCGGAGGAUCAAGGGCCGUUGGAUGGCUUGUUCAUGGCCGUGAAAGAUAUCAAGAUCUAUAUAAUGAUGCUUACAUUUACUGCUUACGUGGUCGGCCUCUCUUUCAACGCGUUCUUCCCGAGCCUUACGGAAACCCUCGGGUUCAGUUAUGUGCCGACUCUGCUCAUGAGCGCCCCGCCAUGGGUAUUUUCCUGUAUCUUUUCGCUGAUUGUUGCCUGGAGCUCCGAUCGGUAUCAGGAGAAGUUCUGGCAUAUUGUCGGUCCCAUUCUCGUCGGCAUGGUCGGAUUCAUCAUCAGCAUGGCCACUCUGAACGUGGCAGCUCGAUACGUCGCUCUCUUCCUCCAAGCUGCUUCUUAUGCUGGCUUCAUCGUCUUCUACUCUUGGAUCAGUACAUCCUUUCCCCGCCCACCCGCCAAGCGCGCCGUCGCAAUCGCAAUGAUCAACGCAUUCAGCCAGCUAGGCAAUGUGGCUGGCUCGUACGUCUGGGAUCUCUCGGAUAACGGAUACCGGAAGAGUUACGGGAUCGUCACAGCAAUGUUUGGCAUCACUAUUGUUGGAUGUCUAGGGUUCCGGAUGUUCCUGUCUAGUCUGAAUAAGAAACUUGAGGAAGCCGAGCAUGAUACCAAUGUCCAGGCCAAUCAGGAUGAUGCGGAUGAGACGUUGCGGAUGAGUAAGGGUUUCCGGUACCUCGUUUAAGUGAAUUUGGGCUGUCGGCAAUAUGGAUAUAGAUGUAUAUGUAUGUGUCUGUGUGCUUGCGAUGAUCUUCAUGAUUUGGACAUUUUCAUAGAAGUCGAACAAGAUGCUCCCUGAUUAGGGUAGGACAAAUAGAACCCAGAGCCUAUAAGAGCAGCUGUGUGCACCCGUAAGCGCC